AUGUCUAUUACACUGGAACAACCAAAUGCUGCGGCAACUGAUUGUAAGGCAUCACUCUCUCCGCCAAUGGACUACGGGCCGUCACUCACUCCGCCAACAGCUGAAGAGAUUAAUCUGUCUUCAGAGGAGGAGCAACGAGUUAAAAACAAUCUGCAACAAGUUGAAAACAAUCUGCAACAAGUUGAAAACAAUCUUCAAGAAUCGCAUGUUUCUCCCGUACCAGGGAAACAUAUUUUCUGUGAUUUCAUAAUGACCAGUAUUUUUAUACUUGUGAUGUUAGCAGCAUAUGUUUUCAUAGUAACGAUUAUACUGGUAGCUCAGGAUUAUUAUGAUCUGUGGUUUUUCUUGGUUCCCGAGAUUGGUUUUCGUCUGCUUAUCUUAUGGGGAACUUAUAAAGGGUAUUCUGUGGAAUACAUAAAAUUCAAUCUGCUUGGGAUAUUAGCAGCAACUGAUUAUGGGACAUCACUUUCUCCGCCAACAGACUACGGGCCGUCACUCACUCCGCCAACAGCUGAAGAGAUCAAUCUCGCUCAUAUGUCUCUAGAGCAAAGUGGUGAUGAUGUUAUUCGCAAACUUAUUGAAGGAACAAAGAUUGAAUGGAUUCCGUAUGGAGAGAUUAUAAAUACCGAAUUUUUAGCUGAGGGUGGAUUCUCCAAGGUUUAUAAGGCUCAAUGGAUACGAGGUUACUGGAACAACCUAGAAGUUCGACCAGCUCAGACGGUCGCUCUGAAAGAAUUGAAUGAUUCCCGUUUGAAAAACUAUUUGCUUAUAAAUUCGGCUUCUUCUAUCGGGGCCACAUUAUAUGGCAUCACAAGGAAGCCCACGACCCAGAAUAUUGUUUUGAUCAUGAAUUACUAUAAAUAUGGAGAUCUGAGAAACUACUUACAUCAAAGUCUAAUCACUGUACCCUGGAUGUGGAGGCUGGAUCUGUUGCGGGAGUUGGCGAGAGAGCUUUACAUUAUCCAUAGGAUGGAAAUUAUCCAUAAAGAUUUACACAGUGUUCCGGGUACUCCUAAAUGUUAUGAAGAAUUGAUGAAGAAAUGCUGGGAUGCGGAUCCAUCAAAAAGGCCAACCGCAGCUGUGUCUGAAAAAAUUUUGGGUUUCCUGGUGACUUAUACAAUGGGGAAAAAACAUAAUCAUUAUAGAGAUGAAACGUACAAGUCGUUUGAGAAAGGCGAAGAAAUGUUAACGGCGAGAAUUCUAGACAGGUCAAAACCGCGAUUAGUUAGUAAAAGUUUUGAACCGGCUAGUGCUGCUGAACUGGAUGCAGCAAGGCAGUAUAGUCAAGUGUUGAAUACUUCAGCUCCUUUCACAACAGAACUUUGUAACCUGUUGGGAGCAAUUGCUGGAGCGCUCUCUGCCUUCGAAGGAACAGAUCUUACACCUGAACAACAAGAUAUGGUUGAAGCAAUGCUUCGCACAUCCGAUGCGGUUAUAUCGGUAGCCAAAUUGGAUGAGCAAAAGAACGUGAUAAUGCUUGGUGAACGUGUUGGCGCAAAGGAGCUUGAACUGAUCGUUCUAUACGACUCGGAGACUCUUUUGAGAUAUGUAAAGACGGAUUCAGAGAGGUUACAACAAGUGAUAAUGAAUCUUUUGUCUAACACAAUCAAAUUCACAGAUAUUGGUGAAAUUGUAACGAGACUGUCAAUAAGAGAAAGUGAAGACAUGGUCGUAGAUGCAAUAUCUGAUACUGGUGUAGGGAGAUGCUUCGAUGACUCGAGGUCGGGAUGGAACUGGUCUAGGUCUCUCGCUAUGCAAAAUUCUAGUCGAACUAAACUCGGAGUUGACAGUGAAGUUGGUAAAGGAAGCAGAUUCUGGUUUACAUGGAACAUUGGUGAUAUAUUCUUACCAUCUCGAGAUGACGGUUCCAAUUCGCAAGAUUUGCCGAAUCUGGCUAGAAACGUUGCAGAUUAUGCAAGCGCGCUAGGAGUGGCUAGAGAUAAGAAGGGGCACGGCGAGCGUAUAUGCGAUUUGGCAUUUUUGACACAAGUUGAGAAUGCAGCCAAAGAGCUUAACUGUGAGGAACGACAUGAGCGGUCCAGAGGUCGAUCGCACCCAGUACUAGUCGGAUUUAGUUCGAAGACAUACCCAACCUUCUUCAAUUUACCGGAAAACGAUGUGAAAUUCAAAUUACACCAGCCCUUCGCUGCCGAGUAUCGCGUACAACGUCAAAUCAAUUUACCGGAAAACGAUGCGAAAUUCAAAUUACACCAGUCCUUCGCUGCCGAGUAUCGCGUACAAUGUGGACAUUCAUAUGCUAAUCUGGUUUCAUUCGAAGAUAUACGCAACCUUCUUCACGUCAAGUCGAUCUACCGGAAACGACGCGAAAUUCAAAUUCACCAGCCCUUCACUGCCGGUGCAGCAAUAAUUGACAUUGUUAACCAAGUUGACGGUCAAGAAGACGAAAGCGUUCAGUCGGAACGGAUUGUGACCAGUUCAGAGGCUUUAGUUGGAAUUGAAAAUUCAAAUUACUGCCGAUCGGAUAUCGAUCGAAAAUAUACGCAACCUUCUCCAAGUAAAGUCAAUCUACCGCAAGACCACUCGAAAUUUAAUUACUGCCGAGUAUCGCGUACAACGUGGACAACCGCAUGCAAGAAAUGUAUGGCCUGCGAACAAUACGAGCAACAACUCUCCGUUAACAUGCUAGUCGGAUAUCGAUCGAAGAUGGCCGGCACGGCGGUUACCGUUUUGGCGCCGUUCUGCAUUGGGGCCAAUUAUGUAAUGGAGGAGAAGAUGAGGCGGAUGGAAGAGAAAGUGAAGGUGGAGAUCGGUAAGGUGAAUGUGGAAAUAGAGAAGGUGUGGGGGAGAUCGGUCGGUAUACGCAACCUUCUCCAAGUAAAGUCAAUCUACGGAAAGACCACUCGAAAUUUAAUUACUGCCGAGUAUCGCGUACAACGUGGACAACCGCAUGCAAGAAAU